CUUUGACCAACUUCAUUGCAAUCCAAAUGCAGAGAUAAAUACCGAGAUAACCCUUGCAAUGGCUCUUACUGAAUUUCAUUACUUCUUACAACUACCCUUGGAACUUCGCCAAGAGAUCUACAGUUUGGCUACACCACCCCGCUUUGUCCACGUCCAACGGUUUGAGGAGCAAGAUUAUGACAACUUCGCAGAGCAUAUACGCACAACACCAAACGCUCUUCAACUAGAUGAAUCUUUGACGCACUUCUCAUUCAACUGGCGGUCUCAAAUUCCCUCUCAGACUAAGCAACGUACGCUUGAACACUAUGGAUUCUCGAGUACCAAGUGGCCGUAUCAGCCUUGGAACGUGUCAAAGCUCGCCCCUCAAAUCAGCCUUGACUGGCUAAGCGAGCAUCCUGAAUUUGCAUGGCAGUUUUGCAGGGAGGUUUGCAUGUAUAGCUCUGCUCCAAUUCCUGCUCUCUUGCAUACGUGCCGUGAAUCUCGAGACGACUUGAUAAAGAGGGGCUAUCAGCUCACCUUUCGCACACGGUCUCAUGGGCCCCGAACAUGGUUCAAUUUUGAUCACGAUGUCUUAUUCAUUUCUCUUGGAGAUGAUUGGGGUACCAAGCAUCGGGUGCUCAGUGGCUGUGCGUGGGAUAUCAGUCAGUUCCAUCCCAGUGACAUGCAAAAGGUCAAAAGAGUCGCCUUGGACGAAUCCACAGGCCCCCUUUAUCUUGCACAUCCUAGGUUCAAUGAAGGCAACUACAAGUUCUCCGACCUUUCAUCCGUUUUGCGACUCUUCAGGCGCCUCGAGGAGCUAUUUUUGGUGGAAUGGACAGAUUCUCACGUGGUGGAAAUCUGCCCAAUAAAUGACUCUUACGCCAAGGGGAAGAAACAACACAAAUACGACACCCAGUGUCUUUGGAGCUACCAACCCGUCAGUGAGGUUGAUGUACUCCCACAACUGUUUCCGCCCAAGAACUCUUGGAGUCCUUUGUUUCUGAAAUCAAUCGGACCAUACGGAGAUCUUCUCUACAACCAUGAAGGUCUAGAAAGAAACAUGUACUUCAAUAUGAUCCAGGACUCCCUACGAGAGAAGCUUGUCGACUAUCGAGACUCUGUGGUUUCAAGGCACAAGGGAGAAGCCAAUAUUUGGUGGGAUAUCCCGACAAUCACGGCCGUUCAUGUCAUGUCGAAUUUGGGACACGAACUUCUUGGCCGUGAACGGUGGAGCGCCUUGAGUCGGGUUUAUCGACUUCGAAACAUGUGGCUGGCCCAUGACAAACGAGUUUCUAGCCCUGGGCCGCAAAGCGAAGAGUAUGAUUUUGAAGCGGAUGAAGAGGCGUAUAACCUCGCCUUGGAGAUAGAUGAUCCACACGAGGCGCAGCGAACUUGGUGGAUUCGAGAAGGGAUAAUUCCUUUCAUUGAUGAAUGAGGAACUUAAGAAGAGCUCGGCAAAGGACGAUGGAUUAGCUAGGGAGGCAAGAAAACUUGAGAUGUCUAUUCUGGAUGACAAAAAAACUUAGGUAAGAUUAGUGUAGGUUUAGUGAAUCUUGGACUAGUUAUUUUUGACACCUUGUCUCUAGGUCAGAAGCUUUCUUGCUCCCUGAGGAUUAGUUUAGUGGUCAAUUAGAUAGCCAUUCCUACGUGGCCACAAGAGUUCCCAAAUACAGCUAGUCUAUUACUG